AGCCUAUCUCCAAAAGUUAAGAGUACUCCUGCCCUCACGCUCUCAUCUCUUUCUGUUCCAUUCUUCUGAAACCUCGGAAUUAUUUUGGGAAUAAUGGAGAGCACUCAUCGUAAUAGUAGCCAUCCAUGGCCACGCCUGGCUUCUUCCUCCUCCUCCUAGUCGUCUUUUCGUUCCUAACGAUACCGGAGACCGCUUCUUCAGCAACCAUCGUAAAGACCCUUCCAGGGUAUGAUGGUGAGCUUCCAUUCUCAAUGGAAACCGGGUACAUUGGGGUAGGGGAGACAGACUCUGUGCAACUAUUCUACUACUUUGUCAAGUCGCAGCGGUCGCCUUCGCUCGACCCGCUAGUACUUUGGCUCACGGGUGGUCCGGGUUGCUCCACCCUGCUCGCUUUCUUCUAUGAGAGCGGUCCUCUUUCUUUCAUCUAUGAUGGAUACAAUGGGAGUUUGCCUUCUAUCCGGCUAAACCCAUAUACAUGGACUAAGGCACUCAACAUAAUAUACGUAGAUCAACCGGUCGGAACCGGAUUUUCCUACUCAAAAACACAAGAAGGUUACGCCAACAACACUGACACUACAUCGGCCCAACUCACCUACCAAUUUCUAAGGAAGUGGCUGCUUGAACACCCGGAGUACAUAUCGAACCAAAUGUACGUCGGCGGCGAUUCUUACUCCGGCGUCACUGUUCCACUCGUCAUCCAACACAUACUUGAUGGUAACAUGGCAGGUCAAUAUCGUCGGAUUAAUCUAAAAGGUUAUGUGCUUGGAAAUCCUAAGACGGAUACGUUCGUUGAUGAUAAUUCAAGACUUUCAUUUGCCAACAGGCUGACCCUAAUCCCGGACGAGCUCUUCCUAACGGCGAACAAGAGCUGCAAUGGCGACUUCGUGACGGUGCAGACGGACAACGAAAAAUGCACAUCAGCUCUCGAAACCUUCGAAACACUGAUCAAGGAAAUCAAUUUGCAGCAAGUGACAGAGCCUUCAUGCGCCAUGACAUCUCCAGAGCCAACCGAAGCGACCGUUAAUUGGGAGAGACGAAGAUCCCUCCGAGAGAAAACACGGGACCUCCUCCUCUCCCAUAACAAGGACCAAGCCUUUUGGUGCAGGAAUUAUCGGCAUGUGCUAGCUGGCAUAUGGGCGAACGACAAGACCGUUCAAGCGGCCCUAAAUGUUCGCGAGGGGACAAUGGACUUGUGGAAGAUGUGCAAUGGGAGCUUAUCGUACACCCAAGAAAUCUCUAGUGUCAUUGCAUAUCACAGAAACUUCUCUUUGAAGUCGGAACUUAGGGCUCUCAUCUACAGCGGUGACCACGACAUGUCUAUUCCGCACAUCGCAACAAGAGGAUGGAUCCAAACUCUAAACUUGACCCUAAUGGACUCUUGGAGGGCAUGGUACCACAAUGCUCAAGUCGCCGGGUACACCGAAGAGUACGAACUAAACGACUAUGUGCUUGAUUUCGCCACAGUUAAGAAUGGGGGCCACAUAGCAGCCGAAUAUAAACAAGACGAGUGCGCUGCGAUGAUAGACAGAUGGUUUGCAUAUUAUCCCCUUUAGAUACUUAAAUUAGCCCAGAAAUUUUAUCUUUAGGUCGUAGCAAAAUUGAGCAUUACAUUUAUGCAUGUGACCUCUCAUGAUGAGGAAUUGGGAAGGGAUUAAAGGACAAUUAUAUGUACGUGCACUCGCACGAGCUACUUCAUUGAUAUUACAGCUUAUAAAAUAAUAGUCUCGCCAAAGUAACUCAUCCGACAGCUUGUUUCGGUCUA